AUGCCGAUCAUUGGGAACGAGCCGGGCAGCAACCGCAAAACCCCCCAAAAGCCCCCACACAGGCCCGCCAAUGGUUUGGCCAACAAGCAAGUCAACAAGCAAGCCAGCAAGCAGGUCAGCAUGCAAGCCGAUAAGCGGGCCCAGAAGAUUUCCAGCAAGAAGCUCAGCGAGUCAACGGGCAAGCAGGCUAGCAAGCCAGCCGACACGCCCAUCAGCACACCCGCUGCUGAGAAUCCCGCCAGUGGCCGCUGUAUCUACUGUAAAACGAUGGAGGAGUUGCGAGCGCUGGUCUGGGCCCCGAUGUCACCAGUAUUAGCGCAGCCCUUGGAGGUGACUGAUCUUCCUACCCCGACGGCCCGUAUGGCUCGCACGCAGAACCCUUUAUUGGCGUUGAGUGAAGACACCGAAACAAAAGUAGAGAGAUGGAGGAGGUUGGUCCCUUCGGCAGCAUCGUCAUCCUUCUCCGCGCCUUCCAUGUGCCCAACGUACUCUACGGUAUUUUCGAUCUCAACUGCAAAGACCUCCUCGCGCGGCUCGUCCGGGUUUGGGUCUUCAUCGUCUGUUUUCCGGUCACCGCCCCUGUCCGUCGCAUCCUUGCCACUUCCCAAACCAGACACUGGCGUCAACGAUCUCCGGCGCGCUGCAUCCGACCCACUACCUAUCAUUUCAAGUUGCAGCGCUUCACCCCGCCUUCACAAACCCUCUGGACUUAAUCACUCUCCAGUGCACGUUCGGGGCUGCACAGACAUCGAUGUUGUGACAGCUCUGGGUGACUUCUACCAGGAUAUCGACAUAGCCUACCGCAUCCCACCUGAAAAGACUGCCAAGAAACGCUCCAUAGAGCGCUGCAAGCAGGCGAUACUGGAAGCCGACUGCGAUAUCAUGUUUGCCCACCGGAGAAGGUCGGCGGCCGCGGCGAAGUUGCAGCGCCUAGGGGUGCCGACGAUCCUCUACCCACGGAGCCGGGGGUGGCUGCGGGUCAAGAUGGGGGAAGAGAGAACCGCCUUCCUAUUACGGGAGCAGAUGGACGAGAUGGGGCUGUCGCCGCUGGAGGACUACCCUGAUGAUUGCAAGGCGACCAUCUUGCGGAUAAUGAGGAUGCGAAUGGCCCUGAGGUCCGAGUUCCAGUUCGACAGUAGAGGCUUCAUCGACAGGCGGGGGAGAUAUACGCCGUUCGACCCGUCGCCUAGAGAAAUGCUCGCUUUCUCGUGGGAUUGGGUGGAGGAAUUCUGGGAAGACUCGCUUUGGAGGGCACCGUGGUUGGGAUAG